ACAACAUGGCUGUCGUAGCUUAAUACCUUGUGCAAGUCUCGACACAUUCGGACGCCCGUGAGCUGUGUGUUGUUCAAGGAUCUCAGCCAUUCGCGCGAAUAAAAAGUCACGGGCUUAAGUGCGGGAUAAGCUUUGUGUCUGUAAAGUCGGUUGCAAAUCAGCCAGAUCGAGUGGUGGUACGUCGACCGCUAUCUGCAAAGUCGGUCAGUAGGUCAACAGCAGAUACAUUCAGCGCAAUUAUAUAUCUUAUCGACCACGAGGACGAAGAAAUUCAUCAAACUGGCGCCAUUCAAGAUUCGUUUCUCAAAGAUGCUGAAAUCGCGGAGUUCCGGCGAUAGUCGUAGCAAUAGUGUAGAAUUUGAAGAGCAACAACGACAAAUUAAUCAAUCAUUGGAUGCAAACGAAUUUACAGAUACAUUUGAAGCAGAAAAGGACAAGAAUUGUUUAUCAAUUAGAAAAGAACAAAUGAUACCCAACUCACCUCCGCCCUCGUAUGAACAUGUUCUUGAAGAGACACGAAAGGAAUCAUCAGCCAUUGCAUUACGAGAGACAAAGGAAGAAGACAAGAAGAAACGAAUUUCCGAUAAAGAAAAAAGUAUGGAGAUUGUUGUGGGUGAUGGGGAUGAUGAUGGCAAUGGUGGACCUGGAGGUGGGGACAAGAAAGUAAUAAAAACACCGAAAAUACUUCACAAAUCGAGCAAAGAAUUUUACAAAGCAAUGGCCAAACAGUGGGGAAUAACUUGCAAAAUGAGUGAUCAUUGUAGAUGUCUAGAUUGUCAGAGCCAUUACUUUGACUGCGACUAUGAAAAGGAUGAGCAAGAAAAGGGUGAUGGCGGCCUCAGCGCUGGUACGCCAAUGUUUAUCUCCGAGGUGAUGCACGGUACUGCCUGUGCUCUUCUGUAAACCACCGUUUCUUCCGGUUCCACUUUUUUUCUCAACGGGCCAGACAUCUACCUGAUUAUAACACGCACAAAACAAAUGACAAUUGAUGCCUAAAAUACAAUGAGGGAGCUUCGACAAGAACCUGGUGUCAUAAACACGUAUAAUACAUUUAUAUAUUUUAUUAUGUAUAAAAUAUCUAAUGCCAUGCGAAGACAAAACUUGAUAUAUUUUAACAUAGGAAAACAGCGCGCGCGACAUUCUUGCAUUUUUAAAGAAUUACAGAAAGGAAAUUGAACAUUUUCUAUUGUUGCUGCAAGAUUUAAAUUGUUUAAAUUACUUAUCUCAUUCAAAUGUUCCUUUUUACAUUUAUAUAUUCAGCAUAAAACGCGAUAUAAUCUAUAUGUAAGUGUCUAUUAUUGUAUUAUUGUAUUACUGUACACACAUUGCGGAAUAUUACAUUGACCAUUUGCAAAAAUGUAAUAUUUAUAUAAUUAUUUUUAACAUAUUUGACAUUCUUAUCGCGAUUUCUUUAUUAUUAUUGCGACUAGUAAAAACUAACUGUGAAGAGAAAGCACGUUGAUUAUUAGAGCGUGCUUUAUUACUCAAUUGUAUUCCGCUCAUUUCAAUUGGAGCUUUAAAAUAGAACUAUAAUGAACAUGAAAAAAUGGACAUCUUGAUUUAAUCGCAUCAAUAUUGCAUUUCAUUUUAAAGUUUGAUGACGAUAUAUCUCUGAUUUUGCAAUAUACAUUUAUUAUAUGUCUAUCACAGAACAUAUAUUUGUAUAUAAAUAAAAUUGAUAUAAUUAAUUUAUCGAGCUCAUUCAAGUUGCGCUGUAUCCAUUUCAUAGUAUUUUCAAAUUCAAGGGAAAAAUAUCCAAGUACUAUAGAGCGGAAUACAAUUGAGUAAUAGAGCAUGCUAAUAAUCAAUGUGCUCUCUCUCU